AUGGCUUUAGAGACGAUCGCUAAAACGGCACAGAAAACCGCUGCCGUUAUAGGAACCGCCAUUUUUGACGAGUUGGGCUGUGUGACCGAUCUCCGCGGGGGCAAGCUGUGGCGUCAGAAGACAGUGCAGGCGAGUGUCGCUCUCGAAGUGGUUGUCGUAUGUCUUACACCCAUAUCACAGCCAGCUUUGAUGAGCGACAAAUGUCUUAUAGUCAUCAACUACUAUCGACCGGAGCUGUUCGGGUGA